AAGAGCUUUAGUGCAUGAAAUUAUAACAUUAACCAGAAACGAUAAAGGUAAUAUAGGUCAGCGCCAUCUAUUGCAAUCGCGUCUUACUAUAAUCGAUGUUUCCUCCCAAGCCCGGAAACUCUCCUUCCUUUGGGGUUUAAUGCCCGGAACAACAACGAAAAUUAAAGCAGGAACUGUUCUGGUUAGUGAAUCAGUGAAUUAGACUACCAUCAUGGAUGAUUCAGGUUUGGAGGAAAAUGUGCAGGACAGUGCAUUGGAUUUAAUUACUGUUAAGGAAGAGAAUAUUGAAGAUAUUAGUGAUGAAAAUUGCCUGGGGAUAAAAGAAGAAGUAAUUGAAAAUGAAGAUAAACAUGCAAGGAAUGCUAUAUACAUAAAGACUGAAGAUUUAUAUAGGAGUGAGAUUCCAAAAUCCGAACGAACAGAGUUUGAUGAUGGGGAGGAACAUGACUGUGAUUCAGAUAAUUCAACGUCAGCAUAUGAAGAUCCAUUGAAAGUGGUUCCUUCAGCAGUUGACGAUUAUGAGGACAAAAGCUCAUCAGAUGGGGAUCGUAAGGAAGGUUGUGAAAAGGUACCAGAUAGAAUAGCGGAGGCAAUUGGGAAUGGUUUAGUUUGUGAUGUAUGUAGUAAGAAAUGUAUAUGUAAGAGUCAGCUUUUAAAUCAUAUGAGAGUACAUACAAGAGAGAAGCCAUAUACUUGUGAGGUUUGCAGCAAGGGGUUCCCUCUGAAACAUCAUCUUGUGGUACACAUGCGGAUACAUACAAAAGAAAAACCUUUUAAUUGCGAAUUAUGUAGUAAGUCAUUCUCACAGAAAACUACAUUAGUGAAGCACAUGAGAGUACAUAGAAAUGAGAAACCUUACACCUGUGAGGUUUGUAGCAAAGCUUUCUCCGACAGAAGUAAUUUAAUGAAACACAUGAGAAUACAUACCCAGGAGAGGCCUUAUAGUUGUGAGAUAUGCAGCAGUGCAUUCUCUCAAAAAACUGUUUUGAUAAAACACAUGAGAGUUCAUACAAAGGAGAAGCCUUUUAGCUGUGAUGUUUGCAACAGACCUUUCUCAGAAAGAAGUUCUCUACUUAGGCACAAAAAGUUGCACAACAAAUGAGGUUUCUUGCAUCAUAUAUAAGAGGCAUGAGAGUGCAAAGAGAUGUUGUAUAGUUGAUGCUUAUACCCAGUAGAAUAUGAAAUACAAUUAGAAUAUAUCUUUGUAUAUAUUGAAGAAAGAGAAAAUGUUUUACUAUACUAAAUACGGAAAAACAGCAAAAGCAAAUAAAAAGGAUAUAAUGAUACACUAUCAAUAGUCCCACAUUAAACAACAAUGAGGAAAUUAGAGAAGGAACACCCGUACACUAUACCGUAAUUAUUUUGUGUAAAUAAUAUCAUGUAAUGCCUUUUUCACCAACCAGUUUGUGUUAUGAGCCGUCACUUGUAGGCGUUGUUGCCAUACAAGGGGAACAGAACCAUCGCCAAUGCACUUGAUUUCUACAAUAAACAAGACGUCUAGGCUUGCUCGUGUGGCCCUCCUCACGGGUAUUUUGGUAUUUGCUGGAGAGAUGGGGGCCCGUCGAUUACAAAAAACGAGUAUGGGGGGUUUGUUCGUAGUUCCUGAGAAGAAAUAGUAGAAGAGUGGGUCAUAAUCUGCUGUUAAAAAACUUUGUUUGGAGGAUAAAUACAAGCAAGCUCUUAUGAAGAACUUGAAAGUGCCCAUGGAAAUUAUGUCAUGGAUGCUCAAUUAUAUUUCUGUGUAAGAAGUAAAAGCACAAUUAAAAAUACAAGGAUAUAAAAUAAAUCUGUAAAAAUAACAUUAAAUGAAAUUUAUGAUCAACCGGACAAUACAUAUCGCCUGCUUCUAUUUUCGACCAAGAUUAUGCUGACUCGGAAAUUGAGGGAAGUGGAAAAGUUGGAAGUUACUAGCGACGUAAUGUUGAAAGUCGCUCGUGUGACUGCCCUUGCAUGAUCCUGAUUUCAUUGAUGCUGCAUAUAGAACUGCUCGUCCAAAGCUGUCGGGAAGACCGUUCAACUUGUCCAAACAGUCGACUCCAGACCUCCAGAGAGCAGCCUAGUUGGACGAGUUUGUGAACAAAAGAUGCCAGGCGUCACAAUAUAAUGGCUUUUUCGAAGAAUCUGCUAAUAUGUGUCUUACAGUGAAUUUCAGGAUGUACACAGCUAUUUUCAUUUAGUAAUUAUACAACUCAUAUUUAUACGAAAACUGACAUUGGCAUUCAGUUUGUUUCUUUACCAGCUGAGUAUUGCAGAGAACUCCGAGCUAUUCGAACAGUCCCUUAGGACCCGACUUACACCUGUCUAUGUCCUGCAUAAUAACAUUGCUCUCAAAAGUGAAGUUUGCAUUGGUUAAGCCUUACAAGAACUCAAGAAGUUAUUAAUUAAACGACAGGCACAUGCUACGUUAUCAACUAUAGAUGGAUAUUUCUUGCAGUUCAUUAAAAUAUGUAGAUAGUUAUAUCAGUAGGAUAUAUUUGAUCUAUCUUAUACCCACAUAGAUUUGUAUUUCCUCACCAUACAAUAUUAUGUACACAUACAAACUUGUACAUACAUACCUACAUAAAUACGUAUUUAUGUAAACACAUUCAUUUAUAUACAUCUUUAUACAUAUACACAUAGGUGUAUACAUACACUUACCUACACAUGUAUACAUAUGUAUGUGUAUGUGUGUUUUAUGUAACUGCGUAAAGUGGCAGGUUACCUCGUUUUAUCUACGGUGAACUGCCUGCUGUACAACAAGCAGAAAAUAUUUCACCCACGGGAAUUUUGCUCCCCGUGCUAGGUGGAAAUGGAACGGCAAAAGCCUUCGGCAGUCGAAGGUCUUUUGCUACUGUACGUUGAAUA